CCUUUUGCUUUGAAAGAAGAAAAGUCAUCCAUCCCUGAUCUUUUCUUCUUCUCGAAACAAACGAAUUUGCAGAAACUCCCUUCUUCGUUCAAAGUCGAGAAACUUUUUGUUCAGCUCAAACCAACCAAGACCAGACCGACCCACGGUUUCUUUGCUUUCAGCUGGGGAAAUGGCGUACGUGGACCAUGCCUUCUCGAUCUCGGACGAGGACAUGAUGAUGGACUCCCCUUACGCUGUCAACAGCAGACCCCCCAUCAAGGAGAUCGCCCUCGCCGUCUCCCUCCUCGUCGUCGGCACCCUCGGCAUCGUCCUCGGCGUCCUCAUGGCCUCCUACCGAGUCGGCGGCGACCGUACCCACGGGGUGUUCUUCGCGAUUCUUGGCUCAAUCUUGUUCAUCCCUGGAUUCUAUUACACACGCAUUGCUUACUAUGCGUAUAAGGGAUAUAAAGGUUUCUCCUUUGCCAACAUACCUGCUGUUUAAGAGGAGCUCUCAUCUUUCGUCUUCUCGUCCUGUACACAUCUUUCUCCUCUUUUGUUUUCCUUGUCCCUUCUUUAGUUUCUUCGGAUUCGUUCUAUGCUUACCUUCAGUGAUUCCUGGGAAGUCUGUAGUAGUGUAAUUGUUGAUGUCGUCGUAGUGCAAGGGAAGAGUGUGUACAUAGAAGAAAACAAACAAUAACACCUUGCUCUAUGAAUAAAUGCAUUUGGAUGUAUGCUUCUCUGAGUAA